AGCUUCAGGGGUGAUUUGUGAUAGAAGGAUAGAGAGAUAGAUGUAGAUAAUCCAUUGUGGGACCGUCUAAAGAGAGAAGCUGAAAGAAGAAGAAGAAAAAGAAGAAGCAGAAGAGGGGAUAAUAAUAAUAAGAAGAAGUGUAUAAAAACAAAACGCUAUUUACUUCAGGCUUUAGUUUGCUGCGGUUUCCAGUGCAGUAGGUGGCGAUAUGCUCAGCUUUCCCGGCACAGUUUUAAUAAUAAACGAAGAAGAAGCGACAGGAAAUAAACAAAGCCAAACAAGCUGAGAGGAGGGAAGAGCAAGGAGGAGCUCAGAUCUGCUGCACAAAGUGAUAUUAACUGCUGGUGUGAGGGGCUGAGCUCACAGGACUCAACGACAUGAUGACAACAAAGAGACUCGGGAACUUUGAGGUGGUCUGUGAGUGGGGUUCGUGCAGUUUCACGGGCCGCUCCAUGGAGGAGCUCAGCGACCACAUGUGUCUGCAUUUGAAGGACUACCUGGGGGACAACGAUGCCCUGGAGGAGCUGGAUGAAUAUGCUUGUCUCUGGAAUGGAUGCGAAUUUCUCUCCAUGGGUAGCCCUGCAGAGCUGGAGGUCCAUGCUUAUUUCCACAACUACCAUGGGAAGCUCAAGUUCAUUGGGUCACAGCUGCUCAAGUCCCGUCCAGAUCUUCCCAGCUGCAAUCAAGGCAUGCACAGCAACAAUCUGGUCCCUGAAGGAUCAGACGGAUAUGUUUGCCAGUGGGAGCAAUGUGAUUGUACAUUUAAUAAUCCUGAGUGGUUCUAUCGACAUGUGGACAACCACAUAGAAAGUGCUGAACCACAGUCUCUGCCUCAACAACAGCAGGCGCUCUUCUGCCAGUGGGCAGGCUGCGACGCCUUUUUCAAGAUCAGAUACCGUUUGAGGGAACAUAUGCGGAGCCAUACUCAGGAGCGCCUUGUCGCCUGUCCUACGUGUGGCAGCAUGUUCUCCAGCAACACAAAGCUGUUUGACCACCUGCACAGGCAAGCUGAGCCAGUAGAGACGCUGGUUUGUGAACACUGUGGGAAAGCUUUUUCCAGCGAGAGGCUUUUGCGGGAUCAUGUUCGUCAGCAUGUGAAUCAGGUGAAGUGCCCCUUUUGUGACAUGACCUGCACCACUUUGGCUGCUCUGAAGAUCCACAUCAGGUUCCGCCAUUGUGAUGAGCGUCCGUUCCCGUGCGACUUCUGUGACAAAAGAUUUAAGAACCAGCGCGAUCUGCAGAAGCACACAGAGGUUCACAAUGAGGGCACCAUGUACAGCUGUACAGUGGAGGGCUGUGAUUAUACUUGUCAUACGUUCCAAACAAUGAGCCAGCACUUCAAGAGAGUCCAUGAGGUUGGGGGAAUGGCUAAAUAUAAAUGCCAUAUCUGUGAUAAGGUGUUCUCUUGGUGUUACACUCUUACACUCCACCUUCGUAAGAAGCAUGAGCUGAAGUGGCCCUCUGGACAUUCCCGCUUUAGGUACAGGAAGGAUGUCGAUGGUUUCCUGAAGUUAAAUAUGGUGCGCUUUGAGACUGUUGAAGUGACAAAGGAGAUCAUGAAGAACAUGGCCAAGAAGCCUCAGAGCCUUCAGAAAAGUCUGAGUGGCAGCAGUCAGGACGAGAGCGCUGUUGUCACGCUGGAGAGCGGCCGAAGCUCUCCCACAGGAUCCUCCUCGCCUUCCUCCAGCUCCUCCUACUCCUCAGAGUUCUCAGGAGGUGAGGACAUGUCAUCUCAAGCCAGCCCCAGAGGCAGCGACUCUCCUGUCUACUGUGUGAUGAGCACCAUUCCUCACAUUGAGGACGAGUCUGCAGGACUGAUGCAGGAGGACUGUGAUGGUUUUGGGGCUUCCGGAGCAGUCCAGGCUCUGACGGAGGUUGCGAGGGGCCUCGGCAUGGAUGUGGUUUAAGUGUUCACUGUGCACUGGGUCAGAUGACCCACACCCAGUGUAGGCUUUAUGCAAUUAAUAAAAAUGUCUGUUAAAGUUUUUAUGAAUGGGGGAAGAGUUAAAAGCACUAGAAAGCUUGUUCCAUGAAAUGUUCUCCAGGCACUGAAUUCCGAAGACUUUAUUUUUUGUUGUGACCUUUGUUGAAUUUUAUUGUUACACAGUUAAAUACAUUUUUGAAACAAGAAAGGAUCGUGCCAUGUUUUUGUGGCUUUUUGUGGCUUUGUGGUUUUAGGGAUGCUAAUGAGGGUUAAUCCACAUCUAUUCAUACAUCCUCACUUUUAGCAUUUAGCUCAAAGCUUAUGUGCAAAAUACAGCCUUACAGACAGAAUCUCCAUAAACUCCAUAAAUUGGCAGUUUUUCAUUUUCCAGGUUUUUUUUUAGAGGCCAACCUGAGCCCAACUUAAAAAAAGUAAGCACAUGAACAUGAAUCUGCUUACACUUUAAGGUGUAAAUAAUCAGUGCUGCUCACUGUGUGGAGUACCACAGAAACCUAAAUGACCAGUGAACACAAGACAGGCGCUGUAAAUAUAUAUUUUUAAAUACCUCAUAGUACCCAUCAUGU